AUGGGAUCAGGGCGGGGAUGCAGGGACAGCCUGGCAGGAGAGGCUGGUAAGGUAGACGGAGAGCGAGAGGAAUCGGACGAGGGUGUGCAGGUAGGAGACGGGGGAGCGCUGCUUGGGGGAGACAGGUACUGGACGAUAGGAGAGGAUGAGGGUGCGGGGAGCUGGGAGGGGCUGGAGCUGGAGGACGGGAGGGAGCAUUGGGAGGUAGGAUCCGAUCUCGAGAUACUCCUAACGGAGAAGGAAGGAGGGGAGGAGGCAGCAAUGUCGAUCGUGGUGGGGCAGCAGGGAGAUCAGGGGGAUCAGCAGCAGGAGGAGGUGGUGGAGGAGAUGGUGGAGACGCUCUGGUGUCUACAAGUGGGUACUGCUCUGUAA